GUUUUGAGGUUAUGUUGAUAUUUUAAUUGAAUGUAGUCUGUUUGAACAUAUAUAAAAAGUGUGUUGUGAUUAAAAUGAGUUUCACAAAGCCGAAAACAACAAUUGAAGAAAAUGACACCGUUAUUUUAUACUUGACUGUGCAAAGUUUGCAUGCAAUUGAUGUGGUGCCAUUUAUUAAAAAUAAAAAGGACGAAUUAGUUGAAAAUGUGUUUCAAACGAACUACGGAGCGUUGAAAGUAAAAGAUUUAAUUGGAAUGAAAUAUGGUUCAAGGGUAACAUUAACAAAGGGAUGGGCUUAUGUGUUACAGCCAACACCAGAACUUUGGACACAAACUUUGCCGCAUCGAACACAAAUCAUUUACACACCGGACAUCAGCAUGAUUUUAUUUCAAUUGGAAAUCAAGCCAGGAAGUGUUGUCGUUGAAUCUGGAACUGGUAGCGGUUCUCUUUCGCAUUCUUUUUUACGUGCCAUCAAACCGCUUGGUCAUUUGCAUACAUUUGAUUUUCAUGAACAACGUUGUGAUAUUGCUCGCUAUGAAUUUAAAAUGCAUGGACUUAACGAUUUUGUUACGGUUUACCAUCGUGAUGUGUGCACACAGGGAUUUACUGAUGAAUUAGAUGGUAAAGUUGAUGCUGUAUUUUUGGACCUACCAGCACCCCAUUUAGCCGUUCCACAUGCAAUGAAAGCAUUAAAAAACUCAGGUGGACGUUUUUGCUCGUUCUCACCGUGCAUCGAACAGGUUCAACGAUGCUGUGAGACAUUGGAACAUAAUGGAUUUGUUGAAAUUCAAACAAUGGAAAUAUUACAAGUUGAAGAAUAUGUUAAAACCAAAGUUAUUAAUGUUUUAGACUUGGACUUUGUAAAAACAAAGAAACCUGAUGAAGCAGAAGCUAAGGAUUUGAAAACUCCACGCGAACAAAAGAAGUAUGUGACAACACAAGCUCCAUUUACCAUGCCUGGCCAUACGGGCUAUUUGACUUUUGCUACAAUUCCGCCACUUUUUGCACGAUGAAAUUUAAAUAAUUUUUCAACUCUAAAACAAUAUUACUGUCAAUGAAUUUCAAUAAAGCAAAUUUUAAAUCUUUAUUAUA